AUGAAGACAAAAGAACCGCCGGCCGAUCCUAUGGACGGCCAGCCCCCAUCCCUGUAUCUAAUCCUCAAAGAAGCCGAUCUAUUACAGUGAGUUUUUGCUUGUUUUUCUGUGGUUUUGGAUUUUAGGUACACUACAAUAUCAAAAAUUCCAUUUCUUUGGUGGUUCUAGUGCAGAAUUGUGCUAGAUCUAGUUAGAAGAGAUGCUAAAAAAACGUGUGAGUGGGUGUAAAAUACGCAAUGUUCAGUUAAUUUCGAAUUUUGAUAUGAAUUUAGGUAUUUUCGGUGUAUUCAUAAAAAAUUUUUUGCUGUUGAUGGCUCAAAUUUUUGUGCUGAAUGCUUCUAAAUUUAACAAACAGUAGGGAAGUUCUGUUUGCGAUGCCGAAUUUGUCUUGAAACUGAAAAUUUUUACAAUUUUUUUAUUAUCCAUUUUUGAAGAUUUUGGCCAAAAAAUUGCCGAAACAGUUGGUUUCACUCUUGAAUUUUUAUUCAGAAUAAUUUUUGGAAGCUGAAUUUCCUUCUACUAAACUGCUGAACCAUUAAAAGUCCAAAAUUUCCGACAUUCUUCAUCACUAAAAUCGUCUCCAUUGACGUCAAUCGCCCCGCUUUGUUUUCGGCGUGAAUUCGCGUUGUAACGGAACGCCGGAAGAGGCGAAGACCAUCCCCGUAGCGUCUUUAUCCUUUUCGGCUCCGUUUGGCGUCAUUCCCACGAUUUCUGCACAGUCUUUGGCCUUUGGAUACUGUAGCUGUUGCUCUAAAAUAGUAGAAAUUAAUACUGAAAAUGAAAAUUCGAAGAGGCAAACGGCUUCGAGGGCUUGGCAGAGCACUUAGAAGGUUUGUUAGAGGAGAAUUUUUUGAGUUGGGAUGGGUUUUUGAUAUGAUUUGUUAUCAAAUUUGCCAUGGAUAAUAUAACAAAAAUGGUUGAAACGAGACGGUUUGGGAUGAAAUUGGUUUCUCAAUGCAGCGUUUUGAUUGAAAAUGUCAUUUUGAUACCUUUCGCCGCUUGAAACAGAAUGCCAAAAAUGGCGGGAAUUUGAAUUUUUCGAAUAUUUUUGCCCCAAAAUUUGGGCCAAUAGGUCCUAGAAGGACAUAUUAGGACCACAUGGAUGAUUUCUAAGUGGUUUUAGUGCGCCUACGGCUGAAUACUGACAAAAGUCUAGGGCGCAGCCUGCCAAUAAAAAAAAUCUCAUUUUCUUGGGAUUUUGAAUAAAUUUCGCGCUGAUUUGACAAUUUCCAGAUACCAUGACAAACUCCGCACCGUGCUCAAGCUGCGCCACGCCGGCGACCUCCUCUACACCGAGGAAAAGGACCUGGCCGAGGUCGGCAUGUCGCGCCCCGAACAGAAGCGCCUCCGCCGCGAACAAAACCGCCUCAUCAACAACCCCCAGUCCUCCUCGUUGUACGUGAAGCUCCGCAAAGUGUUUGGGAAGUCGGAUACCCGGCAUUCCGAGGCCACACCCACCACCAGCAGCUACCUAGACCAAGACGAACAACAUGUCAUACCACCUGAAGCUGUCGAGCUAUGCCGAGAACUGGGAAGAGGAGAGUUUGGAAUCUGCUAUCAGGGCACUUGGAAUCUACCAGAUGGAAAUUCAGUGCAGGUAAGAGGCUGGAAUUUGAGCAAAUGAGAUUUUUGAAAAUUUUCGUAUAAAAUGUCACCUGUGAAAAAAUGUUUAGAAUGGAAAAUUAAAAGGUUUUAUUUUGGUUAUGAAGUACAGGGAAUAGUUUUUAUUGAAACGAAUUGCCUCGAUCGUAUUUUACCUUUGAUUUUUUUAUCGUAUAAAAUGUCACCUUUGCGAAAUUGAACUAGAUAGAUAAAAAAAAGUUGAAAUUUUGGAGCUUUGAGGGACGAAUUUCAUUUGUUUUGCACAAUUCUCGUUUUUAAUUUUUGAAAAUUGCACAAUUUUUUUGAAAUUUCCCAAAAAUGUGUCAUCGUGACACCUUUACUUUAUGAGUUGUCGGGAUUUUUUGUGAUAAAGUAGGGUUUGCAGGUCUGGAAAAUAGAGAGGAAAAUUUUUUUAAUCGAUUUACUAGUCGAAAUCCGCUUUUUUGAUCAAAUCUGCAAAAAAAUCUGUCAUGAUGACUUGUUUUAUUUCUGAGAUAUUGUAGGUUUUUUGCUUAUAAAUUGGUUUUAUAGCGUUUGGAGGUCCCAUAAAAAAUUUUUUAACCUUGUUAAAACAGUAGCUAUUUCGUAUUUUACAUCAAAUUAUUUUCGAAUUUCACAUUUCCAUUUUGUUCAGGUAGCGAUAAAACGCGUCCUCCCCGACAAACUCAAAGCCAACCCCACCUGUUUCAUCCAAGAAGCGGCCGUGAUGUCGAAGAUGAAGCACGAGAACCUGGUCCGAAUGUACGGCAUCGUCCUCGACACCAAGGCGGUCAUGCUGAUCUCGGAGCUCGCCCCGUACGGCUCCCUUCUCGAAUGCCUCCGAAAACCGGCCUGGGAACACCCAUUCGCGGUUGAUCGCCUCUGCGACUUUGCCCUCCAAAUCGCCCGAGGCAUGGAAUUUUUGAUCGCCAAAAAAGUUAUCCAUCGCGAUUUGGCCGCCCGAAAUGUCCUGGUCCACACACCCACUCAAGUAAAAGUCUCCGACUUUGGACUUAGCAGAAGCUUGGGCAUCACCGAAGACUACUAUCGAUCCGAAUUCCAACCAACCAUGAAACUACCCAUCGCCUGGUGCCCCCCGGAAGCCAUAAACUUGCUGAAAUUCACCCCCGCCAGUGAUGUGUACGCUUUCGGAGUGACCCUGUGGGAAAUGUUCUCGUAUGGAAGAGUCCCGUGGAAGGGAUUUUCGGGCAGUCAGGUGGGAUUUUUGAGAUUUUUUGGGGAAAAAUUUAUAUUAUCCAUGAAAAUAUUUUGGUCGGAAUGGGUGAAUUGGAGAUUGAGAUAAGUGGGAAAUACGUUGAUGAGAAUUGUGGGUUAGUCUGAGGAUGUUUUAGAUAGAAAAUUUGCGAUUUUUGGGCAAAAAUUAUAUUAUCCAUAAAAAUUUUGAUCUCAGAAUCGACGAAUUUGAUGUUAAUUGCUGUUUUGGAGAUCUUAUAAUGAAUUUUUAGCAAGAAUGUUGUCUUUUGGCAGAUCAGUUUUUGGGGGUUUGGACAAUUUUUUUGAAAAAAAAAUUAUAUUAUCCAUGAAAAUAUUUUGGUCGGAAUGGGUGAUUUGGAGAUUGGGAUAAGUGGAAAAUACGUUAUUGAGAGUUGUGGGUUACUCUGACUUUGUUUUAGAUAGAAAAUUUGCGAUUUUUGGGCAAAAGUUAUAUUAUCCAUGAAAAUUUUUGGUCCAAAUGAGCGGUUUAUUGCCUGAAAUACAUGGUAAUUGUUUAGUAAUGUCUUAAAGAGGAUGUGUUCUUUGAUUUGGAAUAUGUUUUGAAAAGAUUUGUGCCAGUUUUUAUAUUAUCCAUAAUAAUUCUUUUUUUAUUUUUUCGGCUAAGACUUGAUGAUAAUUGUUUUAAAAUACGUCGAACGUCCCACGGAAAUAAUUUCGAUGCAUUUUGAUUUGAUUUGUAAAUGAGAUUUAAUAAUUUUUUUCAAUUUUCAGAUAUUACACACCAUCGAUACGCAACGAAAGACCCUGGAUUGCCCCGAAUUUUGCCCAUCCGAGUUCUAUCAGCUGAUGAAGCGCUGCUGGUCCCACGAUCCCACCUCCCGCCCCACUUUCGAGCAGAUUGUCAGCGAAAUCCCCGACCUGAUGCCUCAACUCCUGGUCUCGGUGACCGAGUGCCACAACGACGAGCCCACUCAGCUCCAAUUCGACAAAGGAGAGAUCAUAAUUCUGCUGGACAAGUGCCCCGAGCCCGCCGGCCAGAGCUUCUGGCACGGCGCCACCCGCCGAGGCAACUGCGGCCUCUUCAAACCCGCCGAAACGGUCGCCUAUCUGGGCGCCGAGAACCCCACCAACCCCCCGAAAACCUUCAUCGGAACCCCACUCCCAUUGUAUCAGAAUACGGCCAAAAAACCGGAGCGUUUGUCCAUAAUUGGAAGGAAAAAUUCGCAAAAAUCCCUGGACAAGGAGAAGAAAAAAUUGCUGAUCAGCGAACCGCAAGGCGAUUUAAGGCACACUUGCCACAUUGGAAUUGAUGGAUCCGUCUUCGGAUUGGUUCAUGUAAGUUUGGAGGGGUUUGGAGGAGUUUGAAUGGGAAUUUGGAGGGGAUCUUUGUAGGUUGGGGAGGUUUGCACUGUGCGGAGGGAACGUUUUUUGAAUGAAUUUCACUUUUGCACUGUGCGGAAAGGAACAUUUGAAGAAUUUGCAGAGUGCGGUAAGGAAGUUUUAGGGGUCUGCACUGUGCGGAGGGAAAAUUUCAGCUGUUUGCACGGCGCGAAGGAAAGAUUUUAGGAAUUUGCACGGUGCGAAGAGAAAAUUUUGGAUUUGCACAGUGCGGAGGGAAAAUUUAUGAGUCUGCACAGUGCGGAAGGAACGUUUUUUGAAUGAAUUUCAAUUUUGCACUGUGCGGAGAGGAAAUUUUAGGGUUUGCGCAGUGCGGAGGGAAGAUUCGUGAAUCUGCACGGUGCGGAGAGGAAAUUUCAGGAAUUGCACAGUGCGGGGAGGAAAAUUUAGGAUUCGCACAGUGCGAAGAGGACAUUUCUGGGACUUGCACGGUGCGCAGAAAAAUUUUCAGCGAUUUGCACUGUGCGAAGAGAAGAUUUUUGAGUCUGCACGGUGCGAAGAGGAAAUUUUAGGGGUUUGCACGGUGCAGUGUAAAAUUUUCGAGAUUUACACGGUGCGGAGUGAAGGCUUUCUGAACGAAUUGCAUUUUUGCACAGUGCGAAGGGAAGUUUUUUUUUGGAUUUUUCACGGUGCGAACGAAAGUCGAGAAGAUUUGCACAGUGCAAAAUCAGCGACAAAAUUUCUCUAGCGAAAGAAAACGAAAAGAUCGCAACAAUUGCGCAGUGCGUCCGAUUUGAAACGUUGCACUGUGCAAAAAAAAUGUUUUGCACGGUGCGGUGAAAAAAAAUUGUUCAAGAUUCGAUUUAUGAUAUUUUUUUCGAACAAAAUUAAUUAUUGCAGGGAACCCAGGGCGGGGUUACCAUUUCCGUGAUAUCUUGCGAGUAUUUCUGCUCGUGGCAGGCAUUGUUAGCUGGCGCUUCGUCGCCUUUAUUCAAGAGAUCCAUAUUUCCGGGAUUGUGGUUGGGCUGAAAUAAAAAUUAUGAGAAUUAGGUGGUAAUGGCACAACUUACGCCAUGCAAGGUCAAAAUUCGACACUUUCCACCGCAGGAGUGGGCACUGGAAUAGUUGAUAUUAUUCAUGAAAAAAUAGAGAUAUUUACGUUUUGUAAAAGAUUUAUAGGAUCUAAAAAUUGUGGAAUUCGCCUUAUUUGAAUUGUUAGCGAACCUAGGAUAUCUUUUUCAUGAUUUCUGGGGCUUUUCCAACACUUGAAACGGAAUGCCACAAAAUAGCGGGAAAUCAGAAAUUCAAAUUUUUGACGGUUUUUAUGGGCAAUAAAGACGUUGUUUAGCUUAAUUAAGGGUCAAUUAGCAUUCAGCUUUGUGUUUUACAUAAUUUUAUAUCCUUGAAACAGAAUGCCAAAAAUUGGCGGGAAAUUGGAAGUUUGAUUUUAUGAAGGGGAAUGGAGAAAACUGUGAAGAUUUGAGUUGAUAAUACCGUCAGGCUAGUUCGUAAUUAAUUUUAAAGCAUUUUGUAAUGGGUUUCGGUCCUUGAAACGGAAUGCCAAAAAUGGCGGGAAAUUCAAAAUUUAAAUUUUAGCUCCGGAAUAACGAAAGAUACAAAAGGUAGAGUAUUCUGAAAGGAUUUUACGGCGUUUUGAACUGAUAUAAACUGCUUACAUAACUGUGUACGGUUCGAUUCCGUUCCAUUCAAAUUGACCGCCUUUUAAAUGAUACGUCCCAUUAACAGUGGCGUAUCCCUCGUCCAAAAGGUCGGAUCUCCCAUCGCCGUCAUCUUCUCGGAGAAAAAUUUUCUGAAAUAAAAUUGGAGUAUCCUUAAAAUCAAAACGUUUUGUGUAAAAUUUAAUAUUUUAUACGGGCUACAAAUUGCACCAAUUUUCGUUGGAAUCUGAGCUCUUUUUUCUGAUAUACAGUGGCGGACCUGAUCCAGUGGCAAAAACUUACCAUUUUGCUUCCGGGAGGUAUCAAAAACGCAGCAAAAUACCUCCCUCUCGAAGUGAAAAGACUCCGAUUGCAAGAGCUCUUCCUAGUUUCGUCCCAGAACUCUUGAAAUCGGAGUCUUUUCACUUGGAAAGGGAGGUAUUUUACUGUGUUUUUUGAUACUUCCCGUAUGCAAAAUGGUACGUUUUUGCCACUGGAUCAGGUCCGCCACUGUAUAGCGGAAGAAAUAGCUCGGAUUUGAACGAAACUUAGUGUUAGUUAGUGUUAGCUUACCACCCAGUUCUGACCUCGAAGGUCCUUUCCGCCACAAGUCAAUUUCCCAUAGAUCUCGGUUUCCUGAUACCCAAAUCCAAACGAUUGAGGCAAUAACAACAACAACGAGCAAAGAAUAGAAUAGCCGACCAUCCUACGAACAAACAAAAGUUUUUAGUGAAGAAAGUUUAGGUCAUUUGGGAUGUGAAAUUUUGAGUUUUAAAAAUUUGGGGGUUUUUUGAAUUUUGAUGGGAAUUUAGUAAAUUUUUGGAAAGUUUGUGGUGUCAAAAGGUGGGAAGUUUAAUUGAAAGGCGGGUUUUCUUGAUUUUGAGUGAAAAGUUUUGGGUUUUGGACCGAUUUUUAUGUUAUACUUGACACUUGAGUUUUGGAAAAUUUUGCAAUUUUUUGUAAUUUUUGGGUUUUCAAAGUGUGUGAAACGGAAUAUUAGAAGUGUUUUUUAUUUUUUAUGAGGUUCAAAAUUUAAAAUUUUCAUAGAUUUUUAUAUUACACUUGAUAUUUUUUGGUCAAAAAAACUGAAAAUUUUUGUGAUUUUUUCCUUUCAGGUGAACAAAAACGACCUGUCAUCCACAAUAUCACCCCUGAUCGGUCUUUCCGACACCGCCUCACUUGCCCCAUCCCAGCAUAACAGCUCAACUUCCUCGAUUUCCCCUUCGGCCGCCUCCUCCACCACUUCGAGCCUCCGCCAAAACGACGAUGGAGCCGAGAACUUGCUGAGGAAUGGCUACGAUAUCCCUCUCCGCUUCCCAAAACCCCAUCAGGAAUCGAUUUCGCCUCCGGCGCUGCCCCCGAAACCAGCGGCCCGCAUAAAACCGACGCAAAAAACGGCCGAAAUCGAGAGAACCCACAUGGCGAUCCGGACGAAUAGCCUGCCAAAAGAAAAGUCGACCUAUGAUAUUGAGUAUUCCAGGCCCAGAAGCAUCACCGCCUCAUCGGACUUUAUUAUUGACCAUUCCGGAGCAACUGCGUGAGUUGGGGAAAAUGGGAUUUUUUUUGGAAAAAAUUUGGAUUUUUUUGCAAUUUUUGGGGUCGAAUAGGGUGAAAGAUGGGUUCUAAAUGAUUUUUCAGAAAAUCUCAAUCCUCGUUACAGCCGUAUUUUACCAUAAAAUUUAAUUUUUUGAGCAAAAAGGAGGUAUUUUGGGGAAAGAUUUUUUGAUAAGAUUUCGGCAUUUUUUUUGGAAAUUCUUUGGUUGAAUUUAAUGAAUAGUUAUAUUUUUUUGAAAUUCGUCUAUUUGAGGGCGUAGCGUAUUUGAACAACAUAUUUUUUGCGAAAAAAAACUAAUUUUUUGGGGGGAAUAAAUAGGAUUUUUUCAUUUUUUUUUGUUGUAGAUUGUAAAGAAAAGAUGUUUGUUCUGUAAUUUAUAAUCAAAAGGCAAGUUUUUUGGAUCGUAUCUUUUAUAAAAAUGGGUUUUUUCGAUAAAAAAUUGGGGUUUCUGUCGAAAAAAAAGAUAUUUUUUUGUUUUACAAUGCUUGAGAAUGCUUUGAAAUUGCUCUAUAAGGAAUUUCAAAUCAUUCCCUAUUUCGAUAAUUCGUAUUUUACAAAAAAAACAUUUUUUACAUACAGUGGCGGGCCUAAUCCACUGGCAAAAAACACACCAUUUUGCAUUCGGGAAGUAUCGAAAAAUGUGGCAAAAUACCUCCCUCUCCAACUAAAAAAACUCCAUUUUGAAGGUCUCGCUUUUAAAACGGAGUUUUUUUAGUUGGAGAAGGAAGUAUUUUGCUACAUUUUUGAUACUUCACGAAUGCAAAAUGGUACGUCUUUUGCCAGUAGAUUAGGACCGCCACUGUAAUAGAAAUAAAAAGUUGUCUGACAAUUGUGAGAUCCCCAAAAUUUUUAGGCUUGAAGUGUAAAAAACAAAUCAAAUCUGCAUCAAAAAAACUGUGUAAUAAUUUUUCCCUAAAACACCAACCUCCAACUUGUCUCCGAAUCACAUUUUUUACCAAAAAUCCCGCUUUAAAAUUGUGUCAUGAUGACACAUUUUUUGGAAAUUCCUGAAAAUCCUUCAAAUCUUCUAAAAAUCUCAUUUCUAUUCAUAAUUUCAAAAAAUCACUUUCAAAAAAAUAUGUCGUCAUGACGGAUUUUCUGGAAUUUUAUUGCAAAAUACGGUAUUAGUGAUUUGUUUUCUGAAGUUUUGAAAUGGCAAAAAUCGAGUUGUUUUUCGACAAUUUUCGAAUAUUUUGUUUUCAGAAUCAUCCCAGAAUCGAAUUCGUUCAACGAAAGCCUGGAUGAAGUCCUCUGCCAUCUUCAGAAAGACAUUACCGACUUCUCGAUCUCGACCAUCGGCGAUUACAGCGACACUCGGCCCCUCCUCCCCCCACCGCCAAAACCCUCUCGUCCAGAAAUAAAUGUCGAACCUCAGGAGUCGGUUGUCCGCCCGCUGAAAGACUCGGAACGCUCGAAAUUACUGAAGAGAAUUGACAGCGAACACAAAAAAGCGGCGCGAGAUUUGGCCAAGGAACUGCAGAACUCGCAAAAAUUCCAAAAAUCCAAGAGUUACGAUACGGAAUCGAGUGAGGAAAAGAAGGAAGAGUGGACUAACGAAGCCCAACAGGCCUAUAAAUUGUUGGUGGAGUGUGGAGAUGUCUUGAAACGGACUUCCCCGCUUCCAGGCGCAACUUCGCCGAGGUUGGAUAGAAGUGAGGUAAGAUAAGGUCAUAUUUUUUGAAAUUUAUGGUGUUUGAAAAGAUUGUAGAUGGUUUUGACAUCAUUUUUUGCUAUGGAAAGGUAUUUUGGGGAGAUAGGCAAGAAAAAAUUUUGAAUUUUAAGUUUCCCGCCAAAUUUUGGCAUUGUGUUUCAAGGGCUUUAGAAGGCUGGAGAUGGUGAAAAAUGUGUAGAAAAGUAGUUGGUGAUAAUUCAUAACACAUAUUUAGAUUGAAUUUAGGACUUUUGUCAAAAGAAAAAUUCAAAAAUUCAGUUUUCCCGGCAUUUUUGGCAUUCUGUUUUAGAAGCCGGAGAGGCCUCCAGAUGGUGAAAAAAUAAAAUUAUGAUGUUAUAUAUGUCCUAAAGUGUCUAAUACAAUCUGUACACUCAAUUUUACGGCCAAUUUUUUCCAGCGCUCCUCAUCCGCUGACACCGAAUCUACCGUAAUCCGAACCCAACCCGCAAUCUACGGAAACACCGCCGAAAUCGAUGACUUCGAGCACGCAGCCCCGCCAUUGCCACCAAAGAACGGUCGAACGCCUUGUCAGUACAUCAACAACACCCUCGUGGGAUCAGCUCAACAUCCAGUUCAAAAGGAAUCCCCCGAAAUGGAAGUCCCAAUUUCGGUGGAUCAGAGGAGAUGUCUAGACUAUGAGAAUGGAAAUAAUGUGGACAAGGCUCCAUCAGUUCCACCGAAACCCAAAGCGAGGUGAGAAAAUGGUUUGGGAGGGAUUUGUGGGAGGUUAUAUUACUUUAGGUGGAUUGGAUGGAAAAUUGAUUUUUAAAAUACGUCAUUUUGCAAUAGGCGGUCCGAAAAAAGGUAUUAAAGUACUAGUUAUGUCCUAAUAGAUCUAUUUAGGAAGAAAAAAACGAUGAAUUUGGGUUCUGGGAUAUUACUUUUGGUCAAAUUUGUCAUGGAUAAUAUCGACAAAAAAUGGAUCAUAAAUGUUGGAAAUGAGUGAGAUUAUGAUAGAAACUUGCAUUAUAAAGCGUCUCAGUAAAUUUUAGAGAGGUUCUGAAAGUCUUGUAGUGUUUGCAACAGAAUGCCAAAAUUGGCGGGAAUUUUUUUUUUCGAAUUUUCCAGGAUAAAUUGGAUGGGAAUUGAUUGAAAUGGACUUUGAAAGGUCUAUGACGAUGUUUUUCAUUGCAUUUAACAUCGCUAAAUACGGAAAAAUUAAAUUUUUUACGAAAAGUUUACCUUUUUUGUCAUGGAUAAUAUGAUAUAAUUUUUGGGCAGUUUUGCCCGAAUUUCCCUGAAUUUACCCUUGAUAUUUAUUGUAAAUUUCAGACAGAACCUCCCCGUCGUCCCUCCAUCCCCCACGAAUCGGAUAUCCUCCCCGCAAACGGUGCGAUUCGCGCCCGCCGUCCAAAAAUCGGCCCUUUUCUCCGGUUUCCCCACGGACGAAGUCGUCAAAUUCUAG